AUGGAAUUUUCUCAUGUAUGGAGUGAGGUUUGGAGUUCAAUUCUUGUAAACACCUCUUUUGCUGCCCCCAUGUGGUGGAAUUUUUCUCUGAAAAUCCCUUGUGUUUCAAGGGAUCAAACUGGAAUAUUAGAAGACAGAACGUGCAGAAAUGGUGGUGAGGCUGAGAUUGGCGAGGUUGGGAUGCCGGAACAGGCCAUUUUACAGAGCCAAGAUGGUGGGAAACGAAUGGGGCUUAAUUUUGAAAGAGUGAAAUACUGGCUAUCGGUUGGUGCACAACCCUCGGAUCCGGUUCAACGCUUGCUAUUUAGGGCGGGGAUACUGCCGCCACCACCCAUGGUGGCAAUGGGGCGGAAAGGUGGGCCCCGCGACACGCGUCCAGUGGACCCGCUGAGUGGACGUGUCAUGAUGCCUGACCAACCAACCAAACCUAGUAUUAAAUCUGGUGAUGAAGAAAAUAAAUCUUAAACUUCGCGAAGAGAAGAAAUGGUGGUAGUUUUAGGUUGUUGGGUUGGUGUUUCUGGUUAUAAACAUUUUGUAAUGAUGUGAAAAUCAUAUGAGGGAUAAAUUGAAUGUUUGGUUUUAAAGAUUGUGUAGUAAAAGAUCUUGUUAUGUUGAUUUGAAUUACUAUGUUAAGGUGGCAUUCUUGUUACAAGGAGUUUUCGUAGUUAUAUGAUCAACUUACGAUGUCUUUGAUAAUAUUUGGCUGAUAUUAAUAAAGGA